AUGGACCCAGAGUUCAACAACAGAAUUGACCUUUUAAAGCUACGUCGAAUCGAGCAGUUGAACGAGCGACUCAAACAACAACUCAAAAAAGAGCGAAUUCCCGCAUCAAGAGCCGCAGCGCUCAUAAUAGAGAACAUGGAGGAUACCAGCGACCCCUUGAUCCCACAUAUCUGGAAGCAUCAAGCAGACAAUAAUAAGUUCAAGGGUUAUCAGACAGCAACAAGCGGAAAGCAAAGCUCUGGUGGAGCACUGUGCUGCACCAUCGUUUAA